AUGUUUUAUUCCAGAAGCCACCCUUCUCAGCAAGGCCUGUUCUGGAAGUGGAUCAGUUGCUGUGGUAACCAGAAAGCAGCUAGGCUAUUUGUGGGUGCCAUGCUGAACCCUCAUCGUCAGUCAGUACUGACCAACGCAUGCAUCAAACCCUCUGGAGACCCCAUUAACCGAACACCUGGCACCAUCUAUGAGUCAAAAGGGCAAGUCCGGCUCUUGGGACUGCUUUCCGAGAGCUGCACUUCCCGUCAGGAGGACUAUCUUGAUGCUGGAGAUGGGAUGCUGAUCUGUGUGAAGCGAGCGAACAAGAAGAGCACCACCUCGACUAGAAAAGGCUGCUUGGAGCCUGAGAAAUUAGGCCCGAAUUCCACUGAUGCCUCAGAUCCAAAGCCAGAGUCCAAGUCAAGCAGGCAACAGGAAGUACAAGAGGAGCCCACGCACACCACAUCAGACCCCAAGGCCAGCUCUCCAAGCCCUUCACCACAACUUGGGCUCCUCAGACAACCGCAUCCAGGUUCCUUUCCAUUCCAAUGGAUGUGGGAGAGAUUCUCUAUCAAGGGCCAAGCCACAUACCAAGACCAAUCCUUAGAGAAGGGUAAGAAGAAGAAUUUCUCCAUAGUUUCCAAGCGCUCUGCUUCUGAGCCUUUCAGCACAUCAGAGCCAGGUUCAGGCUCCCCCAGAAGGCAGGGAUUCAGUGAUACUAAAGACAAAUCCAGUGAUACUAAAGAAAUGUCAGAAGGUCCCAAGGAGCUCCGCUAUAAGCACCAGAAGCACCGCCAGCUUAUGGGUCCAUCUCCUGAGAGUUCCCUUUUGCCUCUGUACUGGAAGAUGGAGGCCCGGUCUGAGGCUCGGAAGCGCCAACUGCGCCAGGAACGCCAGCACUGGUUCCAACUCACUCAGCAGUUACUGAAUCUAGAGGACCGGUUCCGCUGGAGUGAGAAACGGCUCUCAACCAAGCAGCUGGAAGAGAAACUGAGAGCAGAAAUGCUCUGUCUGGUCACGGAGCCUGUGGAGCCCUGUUCACAAAAGGAGAAAAUCAGAGCCAAGACUGCCAAAGAGGAGCUGACGUUCAAACCCACCAUCAACCGCAAGAUCCCCAAUUUCAAGAAUUUGCAGAAGCGUUUCCAAGAACAACUUGAGCAAAAGAAAGACCAAGCGAAGCACACCAUCUGUAAGCCUUUCCACCUUACCUCUGAUGGCAGCUCCCAAACAUUUUCUGGGGAUGAGGAGAAGCAGGAUCAAGAAGACCCUUUUUAUGAUCUUGGCAACUUCUGGGGAGUUCACUGGAGGACCCAGUCUUGCCCAGACUUUGGCCCUCCUAGUGUUCAGCCAGUGAUGCACACCAAGACCUCUGAUAAACGACAGGAGGCCAACAGACUGCUGCUGCUAGAAUGGGAGCGGCGGGAACAGCAGGAGAAGUGGCGAGCCGAGAUGCGCAGGCUCAAGGAACAGCAAGUGCAGCGGGAAGUGGCCAGAUGCCUGGCAGGUUACCGUAGCCCACGCUACUCUGAUAUAUCAGUCCAAAAAAGGCGAAAGGAACUCCGGAGGCAGGAGAAACAGCGCAUGGAAGAGUACUUUUUGCAGCUGCAAGAGAUGCAGGACCGUGUGGAGAGCAGGCCUUACCUCUUUGAAAGAGUCAUGCAGGACAAUGCCCGUCAGGCUGUGCAGCGGCGUUUUUCCCAGGUUCUGAGUGCUCUGAGCAUUGAUGAAGAGAUGCUGUGGAAGCACGCUGUCCGGCAGGCUGCUGGGAAGUGCUCUUCCAAGGCCAGGUAUAAGAGAACAGACUUUCCUGAUGACUUCUCAGAACAAAUCUAACAGAUAGCAGAGAAAGAGAGCGAAGAUCACCACAGACAGCCAUUGAACCCCAGUCUUGUAGUCAUGGAACAGUUGAAAAUAAAGUUAGCUUUGGAAA